UCAAUGGUAGAAAAUGGGAGAAAAAAUACAACACAAGUGGCACUGAUAAGAUUACUAUUAUAUGAUUACAAGGCUGUCGUGCAGUGAAAGGAGCAGAAAAUAAUACAUGUGUCUACGUGAUAAGUUCCUUACUGCAAUCGUGGAGGAUGGAACUCUAGAAAAUUCUUGGAAAGAAGUGUAUCAGAGUUAUACUUUGAACGUAUAAUACUGUUGAGGUGGGAGAAUAAGACCACUUUAGUGACACGAAUCAUUCGUAAGGAACCAGUGGACUGUAUCAGUAGCAUCGACUUAAUUCACAGAGAGGACCAUGCAUCUGUUCACGACUUUGGUGGUAGUAGUGACGUCAGCAGCAGCAGCGGCAAGCGAGCAUUACCGAGUGCUUAUCGCGAGUCCAGUGGCGAGCCGUAGCCAGUAUCACCUCUGCGCUGCCAUCGCCGAGGGUCUUGGGGAGGCCGGUCAUGAGGUUACUUUUGUUUCCUCCUUCAAAUUAAACCACACCUUCAAAUAUGGAGUGCGACACGUGUAUUCGGGAGGCGACAACAGUAUGAUGGAAGAAAUGGAUCUGUUUGAUGUACAUGAAAACCCAAACGCCAUGUUUUCUUUGUUUAUGGAAGUAUACAAAAAUAUAGGACAGAAAAUGUGGACCAAUGAUGAAAUUAAACAACUUUGGCACGAAAGGAACAAGUUUCACGUAAUCGUCACCAUUAGCUACGGUAACGAGAUGGUUUCGCCUUUCCUACUGGACUACCAAGGAGUCUUUAUAACCUUGUGCACGCCCGGUAUCGAACUUCGAACUAUUUCUUAUCAAGGCAACUGGCUUCCUUUUUCUUCAAUGCCAUCGUUUCUGACUGACUUCACCCAAGACAUGACAUUUAUUGAGAGAGUUAUUAAUCCUCUUAAUUUCAUAUUUUAUAGAAUAAUAUACAGAUUUACAAUGCUGCCGGUAGCUGAGAGCACUGUCCAAGAAUUUUUCCCCGGGAUGCCUCCCAUUGAAACGCUCUAUGAAAACUGUUCCCUUACUCUUAUCAACAGCCACUUCUCCAUAGAUGGACAGAUCCCUCUCCUGCCCACACAGGUGGAGAUCGGUACCAUCAACAUUAAAAAGCCAGAACCCCUACCACAGGACUUGGAGGAGUUCGUGGGUGGUGCUGGAGAGGCCGGGGUCAUUCUGUUCAGCCUCGGCAGCAUAGCAAGAAGCACACAUAUGCCUAGAAAAUACAAGGACGUGCUGCUAGAAGCUUUCAGGAGGCUACCUCAGCGAGUCGUAUGGAAGUAUGAGGGGAACGACCAGCAGCUCCCACCUAACGUAAUGACUAAGUCAUGGGUCCCUCAGCAGGAUAUCCUCAGACACAAUAAAACGAGGCUCUUCAUUUCCCACUGCGGCAACUUGGGGGUGCAGGAGGCCCAGUACUACGGCGUGCCGAUCCUGGGAAUGCCUCUUGCCUUCGAUCAGCCACGAAAUGCCCAACGAAUGGCCAAUAACGGUUAUGGUUUGGCUCUCGACUGGAAUAAACCUGACCGUCGAGGCCCUGCUGGAGGCCAUCCACACCCUACUCUAUACUCCACGGUAUCGAGAGAAACUGCAGGCGGUGCUCCCGAGCGCUGCAUGACCAGAAGGAGAGCCCCAAGGAGCGAGCCACCUGGUGGGUGGAGUACGCCAUCAGAAAACAAGGGCGCCCCACAUAUGACUUACAGUGGAAAGCGUCUUCACUUCCUGCAGUACGUCAUGGUCGAUGUUAUGCUCUUCUUGGUGGCAGUGCUGGCGGCGUCGGCUGCUGCUCUCACUUCUUUGCCUCAGAAGAGUGAUCCGCUACUGCAGGAGGCCGCAGAAGCACAUCUUGCAGGAGACCAAGAAACAAAAAUAGUUACACACGUGUAUCUGCUUCACUUGUUGUUAUAUUUUCAUGAUUCACACAGCAAGAGAGAGAGAGAGAGAGAGAGAGAGGGCAACAUGUAG